CCAUUUAUAUAUCGAGGCUCGAUUGCCUUGGAAAUCUGAAGGUACACAACAAUCCGUGACACCUCCAAUACCUAUUAGAGUCCACCAAUUGGAGCUCCUGACCCUUUCCAACCGCGACAUCUUGCCAAACUCAACUAUCAUUGAUCAGAUCGCCGUCAGAGAGACCAACAACCAACAACAUGGAUGCCGAGGAGGUUGAUCUUUCCCGCGGUUGGCCCAACCCCGCCCUGCUGCCCACGGCCGCCUUGGCUGAGGCCUCGGCCACUGUCAUGGCCACCCCGGCCAUCUGGACGCCUGCCUUGAUGUACGGGCCUGAUGAAGGAUAUCAACCGCUACGUGAACACAUCGGUCGCUGGCUAACGGCUUUUUACCAGCCACGCGACCCCAUCACUCCGGAGCGCAUUUGCAUCACGGGUGGCGCCAGCCAGAACUUGGCAUGUAUUUUGCAGGUCUUUACCGAUCCCAUCUACACCCGCAAUGUCUGGAUGGUCGCCCCCACGUAUCAUCUGGCCUGUCGCAUCUUUGAUGAUUCCGGGUUCGCUGGUCGUCUGAGAGCCAUCCCACAGGGCGAUGCGGGGUUGGACCUGGCCUAUCUCCGCCAGGAGUUGGUCGCGGCCGAGGAGAGUGCGGGAAAGAAACACAACAGCGCACCGAAAUACAAGCCGUCUAGGCCAUGGGGGAAAAUCUACAAGCAUGUCAUCUACGCGACCCCCACCUUUUCCAACCCGUCCACUCUCACCAUGUCGUUGUCUGAUCGGGACCAGCUGGUUCGGCUUGCGCGCGAAUUCGACGCCUUGAUCAUUACGGAUGAUGUCUAUGACUUCCUUCAAUGGUCACCGGACCCAGCCAAGACUCUCCCGCAGCCCGACCACGCGUAUCUACCCCGUCUUGUGGAUGUGGACCGGUAUUUGGACGGGGGACCUCAGGAUGAAUGGGGUAAUGUGGUGAGCAACGGAAGCUUUAGCAAGCUGAUUGGACCUGGUAUCCGGACUGGCUGGGCGGAGGCUACCGAAAAGGUAGCGUAUGGGCUGUCGCAAACAGGCUCAAGCCGAUCCGGAGGUGCCCCAUCACAGCUAUCCGCUGCCGUUGUCGCGCAGCUGUUCCCCACGGGGAUAAUACAAGGCUUCAUUGGUGGAUCUCUGCAACCGGCGUACGCGCGACGAUACUAUCGGAUGAUGUCUGCCAUUCAUGAGUAUCUUGUUCCCCUUGGCGUAGGGCUCCCUCCGGCCCCCGAAGUUGCGGGCGGCUACUUCAUCUGGCUCCGACUACCGUCGCCCUUGCGGGCGAGUGAUCUUGCGUCCAUCGCACAACGGGACCAAAAACUGACCGUGGCGCCUGGUAAUGUCUUUGGGGUGCAGAGAGAUCCGGCGACUGGUAAGAAUGAAUUCGAUGACGGUCUGCGCCUAUGCUUCGCGUGGGAAGAGGAGAAUAAGCUAGAGGAGGGAGUGCGUCGACUUGGCUUGGUCAUUCGCGAAGUGCUGAAAUAAACGCAAUGGCCUCGUGGAAGUGGCGGCAUCAGAAGAUGACUUACCAAGGGUGAACAGGCGGAACGGACCGCCUGGGACCCUGGAUCGGACGAGCUUAUAGGUCUGAG